AUGGCAAGCUUGGGGCAUAAGGAUCUUAGCGAAAAUUCCUACUCGGCACGACUGAGAAUAUUCGAAUCAGAAAGACAGAAGGAUGUUGUUCAGGCGUUUCAGCCUUUAUCGGAAGACACCAGUGGCUCCAUCUCCUGCGAGGCAGGGUCAGCACCUACAUCUCGAGCCCACGGUAAAGGGACGCCAGGGUCUGAAGUUCAGACUAUGCUGCCCACCUCUGAAACUCAAGAUGUAGCGGGUGCCGACCGGGACAUGGCGUUCCCUCCAUCGAGUGAUGGCACGCCACUCGACAAAUCGCUGCGGGACGACCUUUGUAUCGCUCAGGGCAGUGGCGGCUAUGAUAUUCAACGAAAGCAACAUCAGGUGUCUCCUGAUGCCGUAUCCCAUGUUCCGGGCUUGUAUGACGAGCCCCAGGGUUAUGUUGAUCUAAGGCCAAUUGAGGGGCAUAGUACAAUCCUAUCCAACUUUGGGUGGGCUAUUGACUUAUGUUACGGAUGUUUUCAAUUCUACAGCACUUUUGGUCCACAACAGUUGGCCCCCGUCUCACCUAACGUUGGGUGGGAGACUGUUGACUCCGGAUGUUCCCAAUUCCACGGCCCUUUUGGCACGCAACAGUUGGCUCCUGUCUACGUUAGGUGUUGCAGAUGUUACCGAAUUUUCGAUGGCCCUUUCAAGUAUAUGCUGGUCACCUAG